UUAAGGAGCAGCUUCUCAUUCCUCAAUUUCUGGACCAGAAGCGAGAGUGCUACUUAAUACAAGUGUGACAUUAACCUGUACAGCAUCGGGCUUUUAUCCUCCAGAUAUCAAUGUUACCUGGUGGAAGAAUGACAUUCAGCUUCCUAUUCCUAAAAGAGAUGUAAUUUUAAAUGAAGACAAGACAUAUCGAGUACAAAGCAACAUCACUGUUCUAGCAGAAAUAGAUUCAUCUGUUACCUGCAAAAUUAAUCACACAGCAUUGGACACACCUAUGCUUUCAGUUUUCAACACAAAUGACAUUGUAAAAGGAAUACCUUCUCAUCCAUCAAUUUCUGGACCCACAGAGCAAACCAUGAUUAACAAAAAUGUGACAUUAAGCUGCACAUCAGAAGGAUUUUACCCAAAAGAGAUCAACAUCACCUGGUUACAGAAUGGCAUGGAGGUUCUAAAUUCCGCAAAAAUUGCCUUUUUAAAUAUGACAGACAAGACAUAUCAUGUACAGAGUAACAUCACUUUUCCAGCAAAAAUAGACUCACCUGUUAUCUGUCGAAUUACUCACACAGCAUUAGAACUACCUAUAAAUUCAACCUUCCAGAUGAAUAAUAUUGUAAAAGAACCUUCCACUCCAUCAAUUUCUGGGUCAAAAAUGCGAACUGAGCUUAAUGAAAGUCUGACAUUAACCUGUAAAUCAGAAGGGUUUUACCCCAAAAAUAUCAGUGUGACCUGGUGGCAGUAUGAGACAGAGCUUCAGGGACCCAAAACAGAUGUCACUUCAUAUGGUGUAGACAAGACAUACAAAGUAGAAAGUAGCAUCACAAUUCCAGCAAAAAUAGAUUCAUUUGUUACCUGCAGAAUUCAUCACACAGCAUUAGACCGACCUAUAAAUUCAACCUUUCGAAUAAAUGAUAUUAUCAAAGAUCCUUUUGAUGUAGAAUUGCCAAUUAAAAUAGGUGCAGCUGGAGCUGCAUGUGGUUUGUUAGCUGUUAUUUUUAUUUCAACAUUUGCAGUUCUUCAUCAUCGUAAAAGAAAAAAAGGGAAGAAUAACACCACAAACGGAUCAGUAACUACACACCGCGAAGCAGAAAACAAACAGGAUGAAAACAAUGACAGCAUUACAUACGCAACUCUGCAGCUACGUGAAGGCCCUUCAAUGCCAAAAAAAGUUGUUCAAGAAGAGGCAACGGAGUACGCAGAAGUUCAUUUCAAGCGUGUGCCAAAUAAUGAUGUCACCUAUGCUGAUGUCAGUAUUACGAAGUUACGCACAAAAGAAGCGAUAUCACACUACUAUAUAGAGGAGCAUGGUACAGAAUAUGCUACAGUUAAGAAAAAAACAAAGCCGUCUAACUAAGAAGCAAUUGCAAGAGACACCAGUUCCACAGAUUACUUUUCCAACAGACAUAUCAAGAAGUAUAUAAACUGUGAUAAUGACAUAAUUUUAAAAAGCCUGCAAUCCCCUGGUUAUAUUCAAAGUUUUCAUACAAUGUGAAAUGGUGAAUUAACGUUUUGUUUACUAUAAAAAUAAUGGGAACCAGUAAAAUAAAGGAAAAGUAUUGGUGAAAAAGAGACAAGGCAUAUUAGAGAAAAAGCAGUACAAAUAUGGGAGUACAGUAGAAAGAUGGGUCCUCUGAGCUAGAUUAGCAGGCUGACAACUGGGAAAAAGGGGAGUGGGGAACCUUUUAUUUGCCCUUAUAGCAUGUGAGCUUCGAUGGAUACAUAAUGUGCAGAUGGCAGGACAGCCCUCAAGAGUAGCAGUCAGUUCAUGAUGCUAAAGUAGACCCAAUGUAUACUGUAUCUGACUAAAUGGAAAACAUACACGACUGCAACCUGUUUAUGACAACUGCUAUGACAGCUUAUCCAUUAAUAGAGAUAUAUAGGGGUGCUGACACUGCUUGGUUAAGGGAGGUGUCAUUGAAAGCUAUUUUUCAUGAAUUAAUAAGGUGUAUUGUGCAAUAAUAAUUUCAUCUGUUUUAGCAUUAGAGAGACAAGAUCCCUCACAGUUGAAGGUCUGCAGAUUUGGGGGAAUCCUAACACCCAUAAAGAAAGACAGGGGGCUGACAAUUGAAAGGCAUUACAAAAAAGACAAUACUCAUGCACCUAAAGAAGUUGGGGGUGGCAGAUACGUUAAGAAAAAUCUUUAAGUGACAUUAGCUGCCUGACAAAUCUAUUACACCAAAUAGAUCUCAACUAAAAGUGGUGUGACAGCAGAUUCUGUCUUUGUUUACAUUUUCACUCUACCCUUCUGAGCAUGUCCCAGGUUUGGUUGGGGAUGGGGUACUUACAGGAAGUUUCACAGGCCUCAGUCAGAUUCCAUCUCAAACUGUGAUUGUACUCACAACAGCUUUCCCUGAGUCAUUAAUUAGUUUCACCUAUGCAUUUUAUCCUCCGAGAAAAGUAGCCUUUCAGGAAUGUUUUGAGCUGACUUACAAGAAAGCAUAUGAACAACACAAAGCUAAAACAUUAGUACACAGACUUUUCUGCUAGCAUAAUUUCUUGUUUGAUUUUGCACUGAUUUCCGAAUGUUAAUUAACUGCAAUGAUUUUGUAGCAUGACUGCCACUAGCACUGUAGAAAGCAUAUGAAUGAUGCAAGACUCAGUAGUAGAAACAGUCUUGUUUUUUUUGCUAUAUUGUUUAUAAUCUCUAAAUACUAGCCAGCGGUAAAGACUUUCUGACAUGCUUGUGGCUCUGUAAAAAGCACAUCUUUAUUUUCUAGUCUAAAGCACUGAUUUCUAAAUACUAAUGAAGUGCCCUGAAUUUUAUUAAUCUGUCUGCUUCUAAUUCUGUAAAAAUAAGUGUGAUGCAAGUUUUAAUAUUAGCAGAACCACUCAUCUAUGCCUUUAAUUUUAUAGUUUAUUUUAUACUAACCACGCUCAUGCCCAUCUUAAAUUUUACUCACUCAGUAAGCCAUCUUAUUUCUUACUUUCUUCGUCACCCCAAAGACUAACCUUUUCAAACUGCUGAGAUGCUGGCUAAUAAUCAUGUGAUUACAAAGUACUGUAAAAAAGUUACUUCUGACUUUGUAGUUUCUUUCUUGGUUGAUGUUUAUGCUCUUUUUUUUUUCUUGCCAUGUUAACUUUUCAAAGUAUAGCCUGUAUAUUUUGAUUCAUGUAUUUACUGCGCUAUGGAGCUUUUCUCCCCAGGCAUCCGCUGCAAAUGGGCUCCUGGCCUAGUCGGACAUUUCCUGGUAAACAAAUGUAAAAUAAAAAUAAAAUAAUAAGUAAAUAUUUUGUGCUGA